AUGGUUUACAGUGGCAUGGGACCAGACUAUCGGGUACUUGUCGACAAGGCAAGAAAGGUCUCACACACGAAUUACAAGCGCAUCUACAACGAAUACCCUCCCACCCGCAUACUGGUCCAGGAUGUGGCCCGCGUGAUGCAAGAAGCUACACAAUCAGGUGGUGUCCGGCCGUACGGCGUGAGCUUGCUCAUUGCAGGCUGGGAUGAUGGCAUCGAGCCAGAGACUGCAGAGGCCAAAGAAGGCGAAUCAGAAGCUGAGGCGAAACUGGCAAGUCGGAAAACAGGUGGAAUUCUAAAGGGUGGCCCAAGUUUGUACCAGGUCGACCCCAGUGGCAGCUAUUUCCCUUGGAAAGCUACUGCCAUUGGAAAGAGUGCGACCAGUGCGAAGACCUUCCUGGAAAAGAGAUACAACGACGAGCUCGAGCUCGAGGAUGCCAUCCACAUUGCUUUGUUGACACUGAAGGAAACCAUCGAGGGUGAGAUGAAUGGCGAUACUGUCGAAAUUGGCAUCGUUGGCGAGCCGGCAGAUCACUUACUAGGUUAUGAGGGUGUCGAAGGAUCAGUUGGACCUCGAUUCCGCAAAUUGACAAAAGAGGAGAUUGAGGACUACCUGACGAAUCUAUAA